GAUUGUAAUAAUGCCAAUGCAAGUUGGCAAAAUGAAAAUGAAGUGAUUGAUCACCAAUAAAAAGAAAUUUUAAUAUUAAAGGAUAAUAAGCCUUUCAAUAAAAUGGAUAGUAAUCAUGAUAACAGUGAUAAUGGUGAGGAACAUGUCAAUCAUCAAACUUAUAUCGUCAUAGAAUUUGCAAAAACAAUUAGAAACAAAACUUUGUUAUGGAUUGUGGACAAAAUUGUAGCAAAACGCCGACAUGGAGGCGCUGAACUUUUGCUUAGGAAGCAGCCUCAUGAACAUGAUCAGGGUAUCAUAUUUCACAUUUCGGCCUCCAAAAUAAGGCUUUUAGAAGGUGCCGAAGAAAUGGCGCUUCUUAAGCCCGAUCUAGCUGGAAAUAUACGUGAAUUUGAUCUGGAACAUAUAGAAGACUUUCUUCCAGACAAGGCUGGUCCAGAACAAUUACUUACUACAUCAGAAAUGCAAAGCAUUGUUUGGCGAGAACUAAUUAAUAUGAAAGCCCAGGCAGAUGAAAAGUCAUUGCCAGGAUACGCCGAGGUACAACUAUAUCAUGGACAGUCAAUAAUACAAUUGUUAGAAAAUUUAGAAUUAAUAGAACGUAUUCAUCCAUUACACGAUAAAGAAAAUUUAAAGAAGCUCGGGAAAGAAUGGUAUUGGGCAUUACUGAAAAGGCAACCAAUUGCCGAAAUCAGAGAGUAUUUUGGAGAAGCUGUUGCCCUCUAUUUCAAUUUUUUGGGCUUUUACACUACUGCCUUAAUAAUACCAAUGACUUUAGGAUUUUUACAGCUGAUUGUAUCUCAAGAAACCCUGGCAUUCUUUUGCGUUUUUAAUGUUAUUUGGGUCACUGUAUUUUUAGAGUUAUGGAAAAGAAGAUGUAGUGAGUUGGCUUUUAACUGGGGUACAAUUAAUAUGACAAGUCUUGAUGAACCACGUCCAAACUAUCAUGGAACAAUGGGAAUAGAUGCUGUUAGUGGAAAAGUUCAGCCACAGUACCCCAGAUGGAAAACUAAUAUGAAGUUAUAUUGUGUUUCCUUGCCUAUCGUGAUACUCUGCCUUCUUGGUGCUUUCUGGGUAAUGUUGCUGUCCUUCUGGUUUGAAGAUACAUUAAGAACCCAACAGACGGAUUCUACUGGUUUUGGUGCUUAUGUUAUUUUACUACCCGGUAUUGUUUAUACAGGAAUUGUUUACAUCAGCAACCUGUACUACAGGAAGAUUGCGACGCAACUUACAGAAUGGGAAAAUCACAGGACUCAGUCCCAGUUCGAUCGACACCGAGUAUUAAAAUUGAUGCUGUUUGAGUUCAUCAACAAUUUUAUGUCUUUGUUCUACAUCGCGUUCUGGUUGAGAGAUUUGGAUUUGCUUCGGCAGCAAUUAGCUACCAUGUUAAUUAUUCUGCAAGCGUUCAGUCACUUGGAAGAAGCUGCUUUACCGCUCACGUUUAGAUGGUGCCAUCAUAAGAUAUCGGAUCUUAUAAACUGGCAAGCAAGUAAAUACGUAUCUUUGAAAACAAAAGAGGAAAUUAUACCAUUAUUACCAGGUGUGGAAGAAUUGCAAAGUGAUGAUCCUGUUGUACAACAGGCAAACGAAGAAGGGGAAAUGGAUGAUUACACAGGAACAUAUGAUGAUUACUUAGAAUUGUUCGUCCAAUUUGGUUACGUUGUACUAUUUUCCUCCGCAUAUCCUUUGGCCGCCUUCUGGGCAGUCGUCAAUAAUGUGCUCGAAAUUAGGGCAGAUGCCUUCAAACUUUGCACAGUAUUCAGAAGACCGAUGGCAAAAAGAGUUAAAGACAUUGGUGCAUGGCAGGUGGCGUUUGAGGCUUUAGGUGCAAUUUCUAUUGUAACAAAUUGUGGGCUUCUUUGUAUAUCACCACAGAUGGCACGUAUUCGCACAGGUCUAAAUAUGAGCCCAGUCGAAUGGUUGUUAUUUUUCGUGGGCUUGGAACAUUGUUUACUGGGAAUCAAACACAUUUUGCACCGAGCCAUUCCUGACAAACCAGAGUGGGUGCGAGUGGCGUUGGCUAAACGACAGUACGAAUCCCAAAGAGCACUAAAAAAUGAGAGACGUCAGAAAUCGCAAAGAAUUUUAACGCGACGUUUCAAGACCGUACAUGGCAGACCAGGUCAAAAGCACAAAAAUGACUUUCAAUAAAGUAUUUGUAGAGUAUGUA